GAGCGGAAAGCACGCAGAGGAAGACGGAGGGUGAAUAAUGUCUGAAUCAGAGUUUUACACACUGGGGGGAGAGAGGCUGGACGACUUCUUCUCACACACGUGGAAGAGGAACUAAUCUGAGCAAAAACACCAAGAAGUAGUUUUUUUUUAAUCUUCUGUCCGGCACUUUUCAUGGAUCUGACAGCUGUGCGGCAUGAAGUAGUGUUUCAGCGGCUGUAACUCCGUCCGCAACUCACCAUGCAGGAGGACCCUGUGUAUGACUAUCCAGAUGCCCAUCCAGUAGGAGAGAAGAAAACAGGUCCUCAGCGAGGCUCCUUGAAGAGCAUCAGUGUGCUGGACCGCCUGCUGCUCACAUACCCCGUAUGGCUGCAGUUGUCCAUCAACUCGGCCACAGCACUUCACAUCCUACAGCGUGAACCCCCUGGGACUUUCCUGGUCCGGAAGUCUAGUACAUCCCAGAAGAAAAUGCUUUGUCUCAGGCUUGCAGAUGACAGUGUGCCAUCUUUUGUCAAACAGUUUGUCAUCCGAGAGAAGGACUCAACCUUUUCUUUGGAGAGCUCAGCUAUCAGUUUCCCAGAUCUUUGUAGACUCAUUGCCUUCUACUGUAUCAGCCGGGAUGUUCUUCCGUUCACUUUGGAGUUGCCAGAGGCCAUUGCCAAGGCUUCAUCACACAAACAGUUGGAAUCCAUCUCUCAUAUGGGUGUGGAGUUCUGGAGUUCUCAGUUAAACUUUCGCGGGCCUCGCGGCGAUCCUCCACCAGUACAUGAUGCAUCUGUACUCCCAAAUCCUAAACCACAACCAUCGACCACAUCUACUAGCACCAGUUCAACAUUGUUCCAGGAGUUCUGCCCAAUACACACCAGAAGUCCCUCUGAACUUGAUUUGGGAGCAGGGCAGGGAGCUUUAUGCUUCAUCAACCCACUAUUCCUUCAAGAGCAUCCCAUUCGUGGUGCCAUGCACAAGCGUCAUCACUUUAAACGCAGCAUCAAAGUUCGAGUCUCCACUGAAACCACCAGUUCACUCUCACCCCCUAUCUCCCCACCACCACCUCCACCCCUACAUGCCAAAGACAAGUAUAAAGAAAAGAAACUGGAACAAACUGAAGUGGUUCAGACCAACGAGGAUAAGAGCCAUGUUAAAGUUGCUGAGGAAGAUUCAGAUUAUCUACAGCCUUGUCUUGCUCUCCCAAAGAAGAAUUCCACAAUAGUCACCCCAUCCCUCUCGCCUACAGCUGAAGAGGACUACCAGUCGCCCAAAGCACUUGUGCAGGAACAAAAAAUCACUGUGGAAAGUGAAGAAGAAAAUGAAGAUGAAGACAUCAGAUUAGUACUUGAGAAAAGAAUGGCUCCAUCCCUCAGCGAGUUGGACAGCAGCAGCUCCCUUAGCAGCCUUGAGGAGACAGAGGAGAGUCCUCAGAGGCCGCCCCUCACGCGCAAUAUCAGUAACCCUAUCGUCCCAUCUCAUCCUCCUCACCAGUCUGUUUCGGCUCUGCGAAAGAUGAGUGCGGCCUUUGUGUCCUUCUUUGUGCCAGGGAAGAGAGUCAUACGGCUGAUCGAAGAGCUUUCUCAUGACAGGCGGAUGGCAUUCGGGUCUCUGGUGCAGGACUUCUUGAGGGAGCAAAGGGAAGCGGUAAAAUCACGGUGCCUGAAAACUACUGUGGAGCUGCUGCAGGGUUUACGUCUCUUUAUCAAUCAAGCUAAAGCUUUCCUUUUGGAGUGUGGAGAGCUUGAGCCCCCUAUUGAAACCUUAGUGCCUGAGGAUGAGAAAGAUCAGACUCUGGAAAAAGCCUUGUUUCGCUGUGUGCUGAAACCUCUCAAAGGGCAGAUAGAUACAGCACUCUAUAAUAUCCGCAAGCAUGAUGGCUCCUUUAAGAGGCUGGCUGAAAGUAUGAAGAGAGCCAGAGAUGCUUCACCAAAAAACCUUUUUGGAGUACAGGUGGCCGUACCUGAUGCUCAGGGCAUUGAGAAGAUAAAGCACAAGGUGUCUCUCAUGAGAUGUGCCUAUUCACCCAUAGAUAAAGUAGUUCUGCUUCUACAGAUCUGUAAGCUCAUCUAUAAAGCCAUGAAGACCAAUACUGGACAGGAAUUUGGAGCUGAUGACUUCCUUCCAGCUCUUUCCUAUGUGAUAGUGCAGUGCAACAUGCCUGAGCUUUCUCUAGAGGUGGAGUACAUGAUGGAGCUCCUGGAAACCUCUUGGCUCACAGGAGAGGGUGGAUACUAUCUGACCAGUGUUUACGCCAGUCUUAGCUAUAUACAGAGUGAACCAGAAGCUGUGCCUUCCAGUAGACUUACCCAUCAGGUCAAAGAAUCCCUGAAGGAGUGGAGCCACCGUCGUAGUACGGAGUCCAAGAAUGACAUAAAACAGAGGUUUGUAAAGGUGCUGUUCCAAGAUGGAGAGUGCAGUUUGGUGAAGACAUUGCAAUGGAAGGCAGGGGUCAGUGGAGAAGCUCUGGCACAACUCUGCGCCAGCAAAUUUGGAGUGGACCAGCCAGACGAAUACAGCCUGUACUGGAGAAGCAGUGAAAAGUUAACAGCAGUUCCUCCAGAUGCUCAGAUUCAGGACCUGCAGAACAUGGGUACGAGCAGUGCUCCACUUAUUUACCAGCACUCGUGCCAGGAAAUGAAAUCUAGUAAGUUGACCAGAGGUGGUGCUUUGGACCUUUCCGGAGAAGCCUCAGAAAUGUGACCUAAUACAGUACUGAUAAGGUUGAAAAAUUGUACCUUUAAACAAAAACAACAAAAAAAUUGUUGGGAGAUAGCUGACAAUCCACGACAAGUGGAAAUGGAUUAGGAUAUUAAGUUAUUGGUGUUAUUAAAUAAUAACCGAGUACAUUCGCUUAAGUUUUAUUAAUUUAUCUUUGGAUAAGCAAAUAUUAAAACUGAAAGUCUUGUUUACAGAGUUGUACUUGUUUACAACAAGCUGUAUUUUAUUUAUAUUUCAUGCCAAAUGUUUUUGUGCUUAUUUCACGUUAUAUCCGAGUACGGUAACGUCUUGUGAAUUAAAAAAAAACAACAACAGGAAUUUAUUCUUUCUGUAUUAAUAACAAUAAUAAGACGACGACAUGUAUAAGGACAGUGCUGUUUCUUUUUACUCUCUGUAGUUCAGGAUUUUCCACACUUUGCCUUGUAGUCCCUCUCCGCUGCACUUUUUCGUGUUUAAUCUACCCAUGAGAAAUCUUCCCAUUCAUCAGAUAAUAAAUAUAAAAUAGUGUUGGAACUGUGUUAUAGUAAAAAGUGCAGUCCAGAGGUCCAGGACUGGAAAACUCUAACCUGUUAAAUAAACACUGGUGUUUAUAAGUUGAUGUGGACUUACUGUACAUAUAUGCUAAGGCUUGCUGUUUAUAGAGAGCAGAACAACUUAAAUUGUGAUGCUGUGCAAAUCAACGUUUAAGUUGUCAAUAAACAAAAAUAAAGUUUCUUUUUUAUUAGGGUUUAAAUUUGUUUUUUAAAUAGUUGCCGUUAUAUUGUUGUAUCAAAUGUGACGGAUUCAGCAAUGGCAGCAGUAGCAACAACAUGACGAAGUUUGCUUGUUGGUGCAAUAAUCUUAAGCUUGUUUAAUAGUGUAAGUGUUGCUUGAAUAAAAAGAGAGAACAAGAGGACACUGAAAAA